GAACCCACUUCCUCUCCGCGGCCCGGUGGCCCGGAUGUUUCCGUUGUUGGGGGCAGCCGAAGACGCGUCCGCUUUGAACGGGGAGCCGUUGCGGCACUGCUGCCGCCAUGUCGUCUCCGGGAGGCCCCCUGGAGAAGCCGCAGAUCAUCGCGCACGCGCAGCAGAGCUUGAACUACACCGCCUUCGAGUGCAAGUGGGUGCCGAGCAGCGCCCGCCUCGUCUGCCUGGGCAGCUUCCCGCGGGGCACCGGCGUCGUCCAGCUCUACGAGCUGCAAGGCGGCCGCCUCCACCUGCUCCGCGAAAUUGAAAAAUCAAAGCCUAUUAAAUGUGGAACCUUUGGUGCUUCUUCUCUGCAACAAAGAUACCUAGCUACAGGAGAUUUUGGUGGAAAUUUAAACAUAUGGAAUUUGGAAGUUCCAGAAAUCCCAGUGUACUCUGUGAAGGGACAUAAAGAAAUAAUCAAUAGUAUUGAUGGCGUUGGUGGCUUAGGAAUCGGAGAAGGAGCACCAGAAAUUGUGACAGGAAGUCGUGAUGGGACUGUGAAGGUGUGGGACCCGAGACAAAAAGACACUCCUGUUGCCAAUAUGGAACCAGCCCAAGGAGAGAGCAAGAGAGACUGCUGGACAGUUGCACUUGGUAAUGCUUAUAAUCAAGAGGAACGUGUUGUAUGUGCCGGCUAUGACAAUGGGGACGUCAAGUUGUUUGACCUUAGGAACAUGACAUUGCGGUGGGAGACCAACAUCAAGAAUGGGGUUUGCAGUGUUGAAUUUGACAGGAAAGAUAUAAACAUGAACAAACUGGUAGCAACAUCACUUGAAGGAAAGUUUCAUGUUUUUGACAUGAGGACUCAGCAUCCAACUAAAGGUUUUGCUUCAGUUUCAGAGAAGGCCCACAAAUCAACCAUGUGGCAAGUUCGGCAUCUUCCACAGAACAGAGAUAUAUUUGUGACUAGUGGAGGAGCUGGAAACCUUCACCUUUGGAAAUAUGAGUAUCCUGCACAGCGGUCUAAGCAAGAUUCAGAGGGAAAUGAGAUGGGAGUAGCAGGUUCGGUUAGCCUUUUACAGAAUGUGACGUUGUCAACACAACCUAUUUCAAGCCUUGACUGGAGCCCUGACAAAAUGGGUCUCUGUGUCUGUAGUGCCUUUGAUCAGACUCUGAGAGUACUCAUCGUCACUAAACUGAACAGGAUUUGACAAAGGACUUCUAAAGAGAAAAAAAUGUAUGUGUUCCAGAGCAAGAACCUUUUAGAAAUGUAAUGGAAUCUCUUCAUGACCUCAUGCUACAGAACAAAAUGUGAAACAUUUUGUCUGGGGUACUUUUUACCACUUUGAAGUGUAGCAUACAUUUCUACACCCUGUGCCUUCAGUUUUAGCACAUUAAGACCUGUUUGUGUGGGACACACUUAAGUUCAAAGUAUCUUAUGGUUGUGGUCUUUUUUUUUUGUACAGCAGUAACAAUUUGUUGACAUUUGUUUAAAUCAUUUUUAAUUACUUUGUGUGUCUGUUGCCCACAAGACUAAACCAUAUCUUAGAAACCAACUUCCAGAACCAGCAAGUGUUUGUCCUUUAAAGUACUGCAUUUGUUAGUAUGUUCACCAAAAUGGCUUGGAUUGCACUUAUUUUCUGCAUUUAAAAUUUGAAUAGCUGUGUUUUAAUGUAAUAAAGGUUUAUGUUUAUA